AUGGCCUUAAUUCAAAUGAUCUUUCUAUCUGUCUCAGUUUGUCUUUGUUUGUUUGGUAAGUGUGUUGCGAUUUUUUCAGUCUUACAUUGUUAAUGAUAAAUGGGAACUUAAAGCGCCAGUAAGAGUUAUAAAAGAGAUAAAGUACAACUGAACUUCCACCCAUUCUCUUACACGAUUACUGAAACUUGAUCAGUUGACAAGAACACAUGCAUGCACAUUUACACAUCAUACCAAUGGCUGACAAUCAGAUGAAAAAAUAUAUCAAAAGAAUAUAUUAACUUUGAAUUUAGGCAGUGUUUAAUAGACCAUCAAAACGUCAUUACUGAUCACGAAGUCCCGUAAUUUCUAAUUCUAUUCAAAGAACCUAAUAACUUAGACAUUCGUUAUUCAUUUGUCUCCGCUACACUUUUUGUGACGAAGGAUCGGAUCACCUACAAUAGUUCGUCGUCCGUUGUAUAAGGUUUGGAAAGUCUCAAGUUUGUAACUUUGCCAUCAAUUCCUGACAGUUUCCUUGACCACUUAAAAAUGAAAGAACGAAAGCAACUACCGUAAUUCUAACAAACAACAAUACCAUGAUUGUUCACCCGUCCAUCAGAGCCUAUUGUAGAUAAGCUUAACAAAGAAUCCUGUGAUUAGACAGGAAUACUAAUGGACAGGGAACUAAUAGGACAAUACAUCCGUGCGGGCCCAAAACAAUACUCUAAAGCGUAAUAAAAGCAGGGUUAAACCAGUUCAAAUAAAAGGCAUGAUUUGUGUCAAUUUUUUGUUUCAAAUUUUACGCAGUUUAAAAGGUAUCCCAAGGUACAACAGGUUAAGAAAAAAAACCAAAACAAAAACAAAAAAACACUGUUUCACCAAACCUUAGAGAAUUUUGUAUUACCGGAAAUAGAAAAUAUCCGUGAUGGUUUCUCCCAUUCUUUGAUCUAAUGCUACAACCUCAACCGGCUUAAAUGCCUGGGUUAAUUGAGUAACUAACAAUGUGUUUGGUUCCUUAAUCACAGGUUUGGUUUGUAACGAAACACCGUCAUAUCCGCAGAAAGAGAAGUUUUCUGGAAAGUUAAAAAUGGACACAGCUCUUCUGAACAUCACUUCCACUCUACAUCAACCUUUAACAGUUUGGGGUAUUGACUCCAACUGUUACAAGGUAUUUUAUAUAUGUCAGUUGUAGAUCUGUAGCUAAUGGCAAGCUUAGCUUACUCUGUAUCCUAUACCGAUAUUAUUGUUCAUUCAAAAUAUUUCUCCGAUCUGAUUGCUUCAAAUACCUCGGCUAACCAGCUAGCGUUGACCUAAUAGGGACGACGUUUACGAUACCCAGUUGAAUGAAGUCAAUAAUACAGGGUAUCACCAGAAAAAGAAAUGGUAACCCAUAAGCACCGGGGAAGACGGAAAGUUUGCGCAGUUCUUUUGGUAGAGAAGAAAUUGGCGGCAAAUUUAACACGUUUUAUGUAGAAAAGAUCGCCGAACUACCGUUCAAAAACAAUUAGAAAGAACAGCAAAAAUGCAACUAUCUGAAGAACAUUUUCUUGUAUCCUGAAUUUGCCGAGGUACAGAAAAAUGAGGAUGGGAAGUUAACAAGAUUUGGCCUUGGCGGUCGGGAUAAAACCUCCCCAGAUCCUUUACACUUUUAGGAAAGUGGAGGGAAACACUUUUUUUAACACCUGCCAAGAGCGGGAAACGUAAGGUAUAGUCAUGGCGGGAAAAAUUACCUCACCCAAUGGUUAGAGACCCAAGCAAGACCCAUUGUAUGUUAUUGCAUCUUUCACCACUCAAAUUGUUCUUUGUCUGUAGCUCUACCAUUGAUUUUUGCAUGUAUAAUUCUGUUAAUAUUUUGUUGUAAUAAUUUAACCGGGGGAGCCCAUUCCUUACAAGCCCUUUGGGUUCCCUUGGGCUUCCUCGCCGUUAGCCUUUUAAUUAUCUAGAUUGCCUUGUUUUUUUGUAGAUCCUUAUGGCAAAGAGGGAAAAUAAACUGAACUGAACUGAACUGGCAGAACAAUAAACUGAACUGAACUUUUAUAGUUGUGUCUUUGUUAUACUUCAAGAUUUCACUUAGUUUGCUUUUGUUUUUUCGUUUUGCAGUGCCCCUUGCAAAAACUUAGAACUUCACUUUUUGACAGCGAUUUCAUAAUCAUUAAAACUCAUUACAGUUUUAUACUCGAAAUCAAAAAUCAAAAUGGAUCAGAAAGUCUUUGCAGGUACGUUAUAAUCUUGUACUCUACGGCACUGUUUCAAGGUUUGGUUGAGUUUUUCCAAUACAAGACAUUUGUUGACUGUUCUCCACACACACUCCAGCAGUUUACGCGCCAUUUGCGCCAUUUUCUCGAUGACCUCAGAUAACUACAACUAUCAUCAGGCCCUUUGCUGCUUGCAAUCACUUGACCUGCUAUAUAAGGGAUACACCUUUAAAAAAUGCCAGGGAUAGAGGAAGCAUUAGAAAAUAAGCUGAGAAGCUAAUUCAGAGGUGACUGAAAAGAAAGACUAGGAUGCUAAUUAUUACUGGACGGUGUUGAAAUGUCUGCAAAAUAAUUAGGGUUUGUAUGGAAAAAUUGCUGUGACUGUUUUCAUUGCUACAUAUGAUAUUUUCUCCGUUAUUCAAAUCACACUAAAAUCGCUCUGUCAACAGUUUUUUUUUUCACCCUCCUUCAAUCUGUGGAAUUUUGAGGCUUGUAUCCCAUAAAUUAGCAUAAUCAGAAGCGUUGGACGAUCUAUUGAAAAACAGCGUUCAGCGUUCAUUGCGCCGUUCAUUAAAUCACGAUGAAACCAUCGGGUGACGUUCGCGUACUUUGACUGUAAUCAACAAUACGUCUCUUUGAAUGCUUAGUAAAAACCAAUGUUAUGGUGAUUUGCAGGCUGGAGCACCUUUUUGGCGAAAGAGGCUGGUAUGAGUACAUGGUGGAAGAGUCUGCGAGCCAAUCAUCAGCAAAUGUGACGUGUGAUCUAAGGGUUCUCAAAAAGCCAGAAAACUCUUACAUGCGUGAGUGAGGCCACUUGAUCUGUUGGUAAUCAAUGGUAUGUGUCUUUUAAAAGCUCACAGAAUUGUACCUGUUUUAUGCAUUUGAUUUCAGCCCUGUGGAUAACAUUUGCUGCACUGUUUGGCUUGGCUGUCACAUGGGUUUUAUUGACCUUAAUAACAAGGUAAUGGUAAUGGACUACUGACUUUAGUAAAGUCUUGUCAAGCUCUACAACAUGGCAUGUUUUUUUUUUUCGAGCAAUCGAGAGGACAUAAUGAAGGAGCCUUUCGUCUAAAUGAAUGGUCGUUCGUACAAGGGAACCGUCGCGUUCUGGUCACUUAAAUUCCUGCUUUGUAGUUUAAUUUCAUGACAGGUUUUAUUUUGUUACUUUUGUUACUUUUUUUACUCGUUAAGUGAUAGUGACCAGCAACUGUAGACGAACCUCUUGGUUAUUGUGAGAAAUAACCGUUACGGGAAGAAAUGGGUUGAAUAUAGCACUAUUUUGUGCAAGAAAGUCUACAGAAGUUACAGUAACGUGUUAACUGAAUACCAAACAAAAGCAAAAUAAACUCUUGUUCCUUCCUACCGUGCCGGUAUUUCCCCAAAAAUUUUACUUAAAUCUUAGACGGUAAUUUCAAGAGUGUUUUUGAAGGAUCAUGAAUUACGUAUCGUUUUCCUUUCGUUCUCUCCAUGAGUCCCAAUUCCGAUCCCAAGUCUACGCUUAAGUAAAAAAUUUGGAGGUUAAAUGCAAAUCCUUUACGAAGGCCAGGUGUAAGAAGCGCUCAUCAGAAUUAGUAAGUACUCAGACUUAUUAAGGGUGAUAAGUCUCUUACAAAACACAGAGUAACACAGUACGUUUUUAAGGCACAGUACAGUUAGUGUUGUCGUGCCUACAGCAAAGGAUCAUCUACCCUCCCACAUUAAAAGCAUAACAAGUACCGUUUAAUUUUAUGGCACCCCUUGUGUCCAAGUUUUGUCCAGUAUGCACAGUAUACAUCUUUGCGUUGUUUUUGUGUUCCUUUUCCUUAUUUAUCAAUUUACGCAGAUCAAUUAAUGUCUUACCAGUUCUGACCAGGGGUUUGAAAAAAAAAUUUCUCGCUCUUUACGCAAAUUCGAGAGGUGUAUAUAUUGUAUAUUUGUGGCAUUGGAUACUUGAGUAUAGUUUCAAUACCAUUCCAAUUGCCGCUGUUGUAGAUGUACAGUCACGUGGGCUGCAAGUUUAUCAGUUGCUAGACUCUUUCUAUAAUUGUAACUGUCAAAUUUCACCCUCUCUUAAUGAAGUCUCCACUCCGCUCUUCUCCCUGGUACGGAAGCUGUGUUGCCUGUGGCCAACGGAAGAGUGAGAUGCCGAAAGCAUUCCAUGAUGUUGUGUUCUGUUGGACUUCCUGUGUAAAAACUUGGAACAAAUUAAAAAAAAGAAAAAAAAAACUAUAGUGAAUUCUACUCACUCAUGAUAUUUCCACUUCUUCAUUUGCAAAAAAAAAAACUGUGACGGUAGAACGAAGCAGAAGAAGGAGAACACACGGAAUUGGUAAGAUGUAUAUUUACCGGAAAUAACUACUUUUGUGUGUGUGUUCUUUGCAUUUUACUUUGGUAUAGAUUUGUUCAAUUUUAUCACGAUAUUAGCAAAUUUAUGACUUAAUUUAUUUCCUUCAUAGUGAAUUCUACUCACUCAUGAUACUUUCACUUCUUCAUUUGCAAAAAAAAAAACUGUGACGGUAGAACGAAGCAGAAGAAGGAGAACACACGGAAUUGGUAAGAUGUAUAUUUGCCGGAAAUAACUGCUUUUGUGUGUCUGUUCCUUGCAUUUUACUUUGGUAUAGAUUUGUUCAGUUAUAUCUCGAUAUUAGCAAAUUAAUAUGACUUAAUUUAUUUCCUUUAUUACCCCUACAAAAGUGGGGAAAAAACAAAACACAAAAACUCAUACAUAUUUGGCUGAGAACAAUUUAGUAAAAAACUCAAAGACUAACAGCCAAGUCUUUAUAACUAGCAUUCAAAAAAUUCCUUGAAAAUGUUUAGUGAAUUUAAAUUUGAUGUCCAACCAAAUCAAUAACCUGAAUUGAAAUCGCUUGACACUCUACUACUUAAACCCGCUUUGAUCCCCGGCUUCAGCUAUGCCACUAGCAGAAACUCGACCUUGGGUCUUGGCACUAGCUUUACAUGGACAAAUCCACCAGUUACGCAGACUACCACAGUGAAAUGCACUCAAGUAACACAGCUCACUUUGACUUGAUAAAAAAUCAUGUUUUUUUCACACGUUUUCAAAACAUUGUCAACAUCAGGCUAUCAAGGUGCGGACGAUCAUAUUCCUUCUAUACUUAUGGCAUGGCUCCUGGCCGUGUUUACUCAACUUACAACUUUUUGUUGUCGUUGUUGUUGUUUGUAUCUACAGAAAAUCGCAGGAAACUCGGAAUCACAGGCUCCCCAGGAAACUGAACAGGUAACCAAGUUCCGUCUACUUUCUAUCUCUUGGUAAUGAUAAACUAGUAAUUGAGAGAAACGAAGCAAAACAAACAAACAAAAGAACAAAGCAAAAACAAAAGCAAAGAAAAAAGGAAAGUACAUAUUCAAGAUAAUAGGGUUAUCAGUCUUCUAGUACGUUGGAAUUAAGCACUUAUUAAUUAGUAUGGAGGAACGCUUUUUUUCCCUUGGUUAAAACAAUUGGUGUCGUCACAGAUAUGCAUAUCNAAAAACUCAUACAUAUUUGGCUGAGAACAAUUUAGUAAAAAACUCAAAGACUAACAGCCAAGUCUUUAUAACUAGCAUUCAAAAAAUUCCUUGAAAAUGUUUAGUGAAUUUAAAUUUGAUGUCCAACCAAAUCAAUAACCUGAAUUGAAAUCGCUUGACACUCUACUACUUAAACCCGCUUUGAUCCCCGGCUUCAGCUAUGCCACUAGCAGAAACUCGACCUUGGGUCUUGGCACUAGCUUUACAUGGACAAAUCCACCAGUUACGCAGACUACCACAGUGAAAUGCACUCAAGUAACACAGCUCACUUUGACUUGAUAAAAAAUCAUGUUUUUUUCACACGUUUUCAAAACAUUGUCAACAUCAGGCUAUCAAGGUGCGGACGAUCAUAUUCCUUCUAUACUUAUGGCAUGGCUCCUGGCCGUGUUUACUCAACUUACAACUUUUUUUUGUCGUUGUUGUUGUUUGUAUCUACAGAAAAUCGCAGGAAACUCGGAAUCACAGGCCCCCCAGGAAACUGAACAGGUAACCAAGUUCCGUCUACUUUCUAUCUCUUGGUAAUGAUAGUAACUAGUAAUUGAGAGAAACGAAGCAAAACAAACAAACAAAAGAACAAAGCAAAAACAAAAGCAAAGAAAAAAGGAAAGUACAUAUUCAAGAUAAUAGGGUUAUCAGUCUUCUAGUACAUUGGAAUUAAGCACUUAAUUAGUAUGGAGGAACGCUUUUUUUCCCUUUGUUAAAACAAUUGGUGUCGUCACAGAUAUGCAUAUCAAUGAUUUACCUAUACCUAUACACCAAAGGGGCACAAAAUGCUGAAGCAUCAGUAUCUGAUCGAGGUUUAUUAUAGUGAUUUUUGAACUGAUACUGAUGAUACACACUUCUCACACACACCUCACGAUCGUCUACCAACUUUCAGGGCCCUUGAGUUGUUGGAGAGGUGGAUAACGCUAUCCACUGGAUAAAUCUCUAUCCAGUGGAUAAGGUAAUUGGUUUCCCUAAUAUUUAUCCGCUGGAUAGUAAUUUAUUCGGUGGAUAGCGCUAUCCAGGGUUUGAACAACCGGAGCCAGAUGUAGAUCUCUUUGCAUUUUUCAGACUGUACAGACACCCUUGGUGAAAAGAAGACUAAAGUCACUCGAUACUUUCAGGGGGCAAGUAUAUAUAACGGUCGGACAUUAUACAUAUAUACUAUACUGAUAUGUAGGCAGUUACAUUGAGCCUUUUUGGAUAUGAAGCAUGAAUAAACAUAACUUUCCAAUUGCUUCACAUUACUGUAACAUUAGGAUGAAAACCGGCCAUGUGUAUUGUAUUGUGUCUCUCAAGGUACAGGCACAAUUGAGACACUGUUGAACAGGGUGAACAAGCGACUUAUCAAACUGUUCUCUCCUUGAUGACAACCUUUGUCUUUAUGGCAAAGAAGAAAUUAAACCGGAAACUUUUAAGACAUUAACUUUACGGUAUAACUUAAUAAAAAUAGGUAGUAGGCGUGGUCUUUCUUUAGAUCUCAUGCGUUUUAUGCCCGGCUAUGAAAAUAAACUCUAACUGGUUACUAAACCAAGACAAAACAAAGCACUCGUAAUUCAACAACAACAUCAUCAACAACGACAACAACAAAGGAAGCAGAGAUAAUUUGCUAAAUUUAGGCAUAGAUAUGUCUUUUUUAUUUCUUUGUAGAAUUGCCAUAACACUGAUGAUAUUUGUAAACUACGAAGGAGGCGGAUAUUACUUCUUCGGGCACGCGGUAUGGAACGGUAAGUAAUUAAAGAAUAGAUCUUUGAGUAAAGAUCGUUGACAGCUGGAAAGCUACACGACCAUCGUUCCUGUCGUAUAUUUGAAUUAAUAUGCUCUCAACCCAGAGCUCACAACC